AUGUCAUACGAUACUGCUAUCACUAUAUUUUCACCUGAUGGGCAUCUAUUUCAAGUGGAAUAUGCAAUGGAAGCUGUCAGAAAAGGCCGCUGUGCUGUUGGGGUUCAAGGAGUUGACUGCAUUGUGCUUGCUGUUGAAAGAAAAGCUGCUGCUAAACUUCAAGAUACCAGGACUGUCAAGAAAAUCCAUGUUCUUGACGAAGGGAUUGCAUUAGCAUUCGCAGGACUUACUGCAGACGCAAGAGUGCUAUGUGAUAAAGCAAGGGUUGAAUGCCAAAGUUUUAGGCUGACAAUGGAAGAUCCGCCAUCUGCUGAAUAUACAGUAUUUAUAUAUAUAAAAUUAAAAUUGAAAAAAAAUCUGAAAAAUCAAUAAAUAAAAAAAUUUACUGUAUUGCCAGACAUAUUGCUAGGACACAGCAAGAAUACACCCAAAAAGGAGGCGUGAGGCCUUAUGGAGUCUCAACUUUAGUUGUAGGAUUUGGAAGAGCAGGAGAACCAAAACUAUUUAUGACUGAGCCAUCUGGAAGUUUUAGUGCAUGGAAAGCUCAAGCUAUUGGGAAAAAUUCUAAAAAUGUGGUAGAAUUUUUAGAGAAAAAUUAUCAAGAAAAUCAGUCAAUGGACCAAACCUUGAAAUUAGCUAUUAAAGGACUAUUAGAAGUGGUAGAAAGUGGCAGCAGGAAUAUUGAGGUAGCAGUAAUGCAAAGGGCUGGGCUGCAGUUGCUAGAAGAUGAAAACGUCCAGAAAUUAAUACAAGAAAUUGAAAGCGAAGCUUAA